AUGCCUUUGAAAGUCGUGGUCGUCGGGGCUGGGCUCGCGGGCCUCGGGGCCGCCAUUGCGCUGACUCGUGCGGGUCACGAGGUCGAGGUCCUCGAACAAUCGAGCUUCUUGAACGAGGUUGGCGCCGCCAUUCACGUGCCGCCGAACGCUACCCGGAUCCUGCGCGACUGGGGCUGUGACUUUGGCAGCCUGCGGGCCGUCCAGUGCAAGAUGUUGCAGGUGUGGGAUUCGGAUGCUAAUCUAAUUUAUACUCCGGUGGUGACCGAGGAGCAGCAGAGGACUCUUGGGAUUUCCGAUGACUGGGUUCUGACGCAUCGCGUGGAUCUCCAUAAUGCCCUGCGUGCGACGGCGGCCCGGGAGAUCGAUGGGCGGACACCGAAUAUUCGUCUUUGCUCGCGUGUGAUUUCUGUUGAUGCCGAUGCUGGUGUCGUCAGCUUGGAAGGUGGUGAGACCGUCACUGGAGAUUUGAUCAUUGGCGCCGACGGCAUUCAUUCCCGAUCCGUCAAGAGUGUCACCGGUGAAGAUCCGCGCAAGGUUAGCACCGGCCAGAACUGCUUCCGGUUUCUGGUGCCGGUCUCGAAAAUGCUGGCGGACCCCGAGACGGCGGCGCUGAUGCAAAAGCUCGGGUUGGACGGCGUCCAUGCCAUCGCCUCUGAGGAUAGAAGGCUGGUCCUCUAUCCCUGCCGCCAUGGGGACUUGCUCAACGUAGCGGGAAUCUACCCCACGGAACCCGGCUCUACCGUGAAGGACUCUUCCUGGCUGGAGGGUGGGAGCAUGGAGACGUUGCUCGAGACAUACCGGUCGUUCGGUCCGGAGCUGCAAGCUAUGUGCCGCAAGGCCGAAGAUCUCAAGCUGUGGAGCUUGGCCUCGCGGGUCCCGCCCACAACCUUCGUCAAGGGCAAACUGGCCCUCGCUGGCGACGCAGCGCAUCCCACACUUCCGCACCAAGGCCAAGGUGGUGCGCAGUCCUUCGAGGAUGGCGCCGCGUUAGGCGCGGUCUUCACCUCCUGUACCACGCCCGAGCAGGUGCCGCAGCGACUCGAGCUCUACAACCGUGUCCGCUACAACCGGGCGAUCACCGUGCAGUUCAUGUCGAAGACGCACGACGAGAAACGAGCCGAGGUGUUGGACGAACUGCGCCAGUUCGUGCCCGAGGCUGAGGUCCCGCAGAAUAUGUUCGCGUUUGCCUGGAGCUCCUACCCGGCUCGCGAGGCGGAACGGCUGCUGGUGGAGAGUGCGGCGGCGUGA